CAUUAUAACUAUUACCAUUUUCUUAGCAAAAUGAAAAGUUGAAAACAUUCUUGGAGCCUUGGAUUUUGCAUACACGGUGCCCUCUACCGGAUUCUGUCGAAACAGCACCCCCUAUUAGCCAACUUCACCCUCAUGCGCUCUGCGUUAAUUAAGUCAGUACCCUGAGUGAAGUAUAUUGUGUCCUCAGGACAUCCGUCGAAUUUGUAUAAAACUACAUGAUUAUUAGUCAUUAAGUGAUUACCGCAACAUCACUAAUAUGUUUUAAUGUAUUGAUUAAAAUAACUUCCGCAUGUUUGCACAUGUAAAUUUAUUUCAUUUGUAACUCAGAGGUUGUUAGCGGCCUCCAGGGUCAUCAAGUCUCGCGGGCGGGCUCAUUUGCUGUCCUCCAAUCAGGACGCGGCGCUUGAGGUGAGCGAAUUGGCGGGAAGCGACUUUAUUAUUCCCUCAGGCGGCAGCGGGCAGUGGUUUUUAUGCGACGUUACAGUCCUCGGUUUAAUCACGGCUGAUGCAGUGAAAUACUGUGCGAGGGGAGGAAUUUUCCUGUUACAGGCAUUAAGAUAGUAAGACGUUUUGGGGGUUUAAUCGCUGAGACUGCCAAUUUACCUAGAGAGUAUUCAAUUCUGCGGGCUGUCCUUUAGUUAUGGAAGACUUUAUAGUAUAUGUAACAUAUUUCAUUACAUAUUACAUGUAGGAACGGGGGCUUGGUAGCGAGUACAGGAAGGAAAGGGCUUUGGACAUGAGUUCCUCUGACGAGGAGGAUUACACAGAAAUCCAGGCCCAUUUCUCCAAGCUUGAAUGGGUGCGGCUUCAGAGAUGGGAAAAGUUGCGCUACAGGAACAUGAAGAGGAACCACCAGGCCAUGUUGGCCAUCGGGCUAAACUCCACUACACCAGCAUUCAUGAGAAGAGGCCGAUCCAGGAGGAUUACAGCAGAGGGGCCAGGCGAUGAUAAACGCAGUGAUUCGGAGGAGGAGUGGACUCCCCACCUUCUGAGAAGGGUUCCGAGCAACACAGAAAGACGAGGUAUGUCAGAGAGCUUGCAUUGUGAGCAGCAGACUGUGAACGUGACCGGCUAUAGACGUGGUCGUAACCUGCGCAACACACCGAAGAUACUCUACACUGAGGGAGAGGAGCUUAGAGAUGAUGAUUACCUCUAUUGUGAGGAUUGCCAGUCCUUCUUCACUGAGCAGUGUGAGGUCCAUGGACCUCCUGUCUUCAUCUCUGACUCUCCUGCAGUCAUGGGGAUCCCUGGCAGGGCCCUCCUUACCCUACCCCCUGGUUUAGAGGUUCAGACAUCCAGCAUCCCUGGAGCAGGCCAAGGGGUGUUCAGCCAGGGCCAGACUGUGCCCAGAGGAGUGCAUUAUGGUCCCUAUGAAGGAGAAGUCAUGGACAAAGAGCAGGCCAUUGACAGCGGCUACUCCUGGGUGGUUUACAAGGGCAAACAGUGUGAGACAUACAUUGACGCCAGGAGAGAAACACACUCCAACUGGAUGAGGUAUGUGAACUGUGCCCGUGAUGAGGAGGAGCAGAACCUGGUGGCCUUCCAGCACAAAGGGAACAUCUUAUAUCGCUGCUGCAAGCUCAUUGCCCCCGGGCAGGAGCUCCUGGUGUGGUAUGGGGAAGAUUAUGCCAAGGACCUGGGCAUGACCUUUGACUGCUUGUGGAGUAACAAGUGCUCUUCAGAAGCAAGGAGAGCGGUGGAAUCCUCUCAAGGAUUCCCAUGUGCUCAGUGUCCCUUCUCCUUCACAGCGGAGGUUUACCUGCAGAGACACAUCAAACGGUCUCACCCUGAGGAGUAUGUCAGACAGCUGACGGCUGGAUCUCUCAACACAAGCCAGCAUUUCACAACUUCUAUUGGCCCCAGUGCUGCUCAACCCAGUACCAACACACUUGGUACCCUGGAAGAAGCAGGUUCAGAUGCUUCAACAGCACAACAGGAAUCCCAGGCAGAAAAGAUUCUAAAUAUAAAGAGCAUUUGUAAAAUACACCAGCGUAUUCACACAGGGCAGAGGCCCUACCAAUGCUCACAGUGUGGGAAGAGCUUCAGUCGGUUAGGACACCUAAAGACACACCAGCAGAUUCACACAGGGGAGAGGCCCUACCAGUGCUCCCAGUGUGGGAAGAGCUUCAGUCGGUUAGGAUCCCUAAAGAUACACCAGCGUAUUCACACAGGGGAGAGGCCCUACCAGUGCACUCAGUGUGGGAAGAGCUUCAGUCGGUUAGGAUCCCUAAAGAUACACCAGCGUAUUCACACAGGGGAGAGGCCCUACCAGUGCACUCAGUGUGGGAAGAGCUUCAGUCAGUUAGGAAACCUAAAGACACACCAGCAGAUUCACACAGGGGAGAGGCCCUACCAGUGCUCCCAGUGUGGGAAGAGCUUCAGUGAAGCAGGCGAACUAAAGACACACCAGCGUAUUCACACAGGGGAGAGGGCCUACCAGUGCUCCCAGUGUGGGAAGAGCUUCAGUCAAGCAGGUGACCUAAAGAGACACCAGCGUAUUCACACAGGGGAGAGGCCCUACCAGUGCACUCAGUGUGGGAAGAGCUUCAGUCGGUUAGGAAACCUAAAGAGACACCAGCAGAUUCACACAGGGGAGAGGCCCUACCAGUGCUCCCAGUGUGGGAAGAGCUUCAGUCAAGCAGGUGACCUAAAGAGACACCAGCGUAUUCACACAGGGGAGAGGCCCUACCAGUGCUCCCAGUGUGGGAAGAGCUUCAGUGAAGCAGGCGAACUAAAGACACACCAGCGUAUUCACACAGGGGAGAGGGCCUACCAGUGCUCCCAGUGUGGGAAGAGCUUCAGUCGGUUAGGACACCUAAAGAGACACCAGCGUAUUCACACAGGGGAGAGGCCCUACCAGUGCUCCGAGUGUGGGAAGAGCUUCAGUCGGUUAGGACACCUAAAGAGACACCAGCGUAUUCACACAGGGGAGAGGGCCUACCAGUGCUCCCAGUGUGGGAAGAGCUUCAGUCGGUUAGGACACCUAAAGAGACACCAGAGGACUCAUUGAGUUCAUAAUUCAUCAUAACAGUCAGUCAAAUAAGCCUGAACAACAAACGUAUGAUCAGCAUAGGAAACCCCCGGGAGGUGGAAAAGCGUGGGAAAAGGCCUGAGUGUUGGGUCUGGGGGCUCUUUCCUGGACCCAAGUCCACAAAGUGGGCAGCCUGCAGCAUAACAUCGAUGCAUAUAUGGCUCAAGCGCUACGUCAGAGAACAGAGACAUGGAGAGGAGCAUUUUAAGAGCUGCUUAGCCAGAGGCUCCGUGUUGAAAAUACACUGCAGCACCGUGCCAGCCAGCUCUGCCGAGAUCACGCAGUGAGUGCUGCAGUGAAAAAGGCAUGCUCACAGCACAGACAAUC